AUGACAAGUGAUAAGGGCAACAGAGCAGAGAGUGAGUGGGAGAAGUUUUUAGAACGGGCAGAAAAGAAGUGGUGUAUAAAUUUGAAUGAGAAGAUAACAGCAAGGAAAAGAACAAGACCAGUACUACCUGAGAGGAGAAAAGAAAGAACUAGGAUGUUGAGUGAAAGCAGUAGUAGCAGAAGUGACAGUGAAGAAAGUAGUGAGGAAGAAAUGAAGUUAGAGAAAGAGUUAGAAUUAAGUGACGAUGAGUUUGAGAGUUUUCAGGAGAAAAGUUAUUUAACAGAAGUGAAAAUGUACGAGUUAGAUGAAUAUGAAAAGAAGAAAGAUGAACAGAAAAGAAAAAUUGAUCAAGAAAAGAAGGAACGCAUUGAAAAAGAAAUGUUGGAAAGGGAAAAACAAAAGGAGGUUGAAAGACAAAUGAAAGAUAGAGAAGAUAAUGAAAGGAAAAAGAAGGAAGAAAAAGAAAGGAAGGAAAAGGAAGAAAAAGACAGGAAAGAGAAAGAAAAGAAGGGAAAAAAGAAAGGAAAGAGAAAGAAGGAAAAAGAAAGGAAAGAAAAAGAAGAGAAGGAGACAGAGGAAAAAGAAAGGACACAGAAAGAAAAGACGGAGAGAGGGGAAAAAGAAAGAAGAGGAAAAAGACAGGAAAGAGAAAGAAAAAAGGAAAAUGAGGAAAAAGAAAGAAAAGAAAACGAAAAGAAGGAAAAAAGAAAAAAGGAAAAAGAGGAGAAAGAUAGAAAGAAAAAAGAAAGAAAGGCGCAUGAGGAAAAAGAAGAGAAGGCGAGACAGGAGAAAGAGAAGAAGGAAAAAGAGGAGUUACAGAAAAAGAAGGAAGCAGAGGAGAAACAAAUAAAUGACGAGAAAAAUAUAAAGGAAAAGGAAAAUCAGAAAUCAAAGAAUGAGGAAAAUGAAAGGAAGGAAAAAGAGGAGAAAGAGGGACAGAAAAAUCAGGACGAAAUUAGGAAAGAAGGAGAGAAAAAGGACAAAAAUGAGAAAGAAAGUAAGAAAAAGGAGGAAAAACAAAGAGGGGGAAAACAAGAAUAA